GCAUUCCCAUUCCAUAUAAGGGACAUAACUUCACCUGACACCGUCAAUCCUAAAUCGCGUCCAACAUGACGCACGUUGUCCGCUCGGUCCGUCUUCUUAAAAGGGACUUUGUCCCUCGACUCGGCCUCCACACACCGUUAACUGAGGUCCGGUGCCAGAGGACAGCGUCGACGUCAUCAUUUCGUCCAGUCUUGCCACUGACCACGACCAGACAACACUCGCACAACCCUGUUGCCGGCGGCGCUCUACCCACCCGCGAAUUGAACCCACUUCGUACGUUUUACAAUGGCCCAAAUCAACCCUCGGGGUGUUGGUUUAGGCCUGUGGCUCCGGGUGUCCUGCUCCGGGACUUGAACAGUCUGGUUGUUAUUCAACGACGACAUAAGAGGAAAUUGAAGAGAGGUCGAAGGAAGGAAACGCAAGAACAUUCUGAUGAUGAAGAAGAGGAAGAGGAGGAAGAAGAGUACGAAGAGGAAGAUUAUUCUUUACCAUUGAAUUACAAACAGCUACAGGUUCAUGCCAAGUCUGCAAGAACUGACCACAUGCUCAGUUCUGGACUAAACAUAUCUCGAAACCAAAUUGACCAAUAUUUCUACAGUAGUAAAUUAAGACUGAACAAUGAAAAACUGCUGAAGAAGGGUAAAGUUAUGAAGGAAGGCGACUUUGCUGAUUUAAUUACUGCAGACAUUUCCAGCGAUGGCGUUGGUGACGAUGCUGAUAUCAAAGUGAAAAGAGUCAAAGUAUUGAAGAUAUCAGAACAUAAAACCCAAAGCGACAAUCUCACCAUUCUCCUGAGAGUGUGGCGCACUGCGUUUGCACCUGGCGUUCCUGAAGAUUCCUAACCAUUUUGCUGUUGGCCCAAAUCAGACUUUUG